AUGCCGAAAAAACUAAAACAUCUCAAAGUCCAUCCAUUUCUCCUCUCCUUCCCACAAAUUCUUUGGGUGCUGAUUCUACCAUCGCAAAUUGUCAGUGCACAGAAGAACACAACAAUUCCCGUGAAUGUGGGAGUGGUUCUAGACAUGGACACAUGGAUUGGAAAGAUGGGGUUGAGCUGCAUCUCCAUGGCUCUUUCAGACUUCUAUUCCUCCCACAGUGACUACAAGACUAGGAUUGUCCUCAACAACCGGGACUCGAAGAAAGAUGUGGUUGGCGCUGCAGCUGCAGCUCUAGACCUACUAAAAAAUACUGACGUGCAAGCUAUCAUGGGGCCGGUGUCAUCAGUACAAGCAGAAUUCAUAAAUGAUCUUGGAGAUAAAGCUCAUGUGCCGAUCAUCUCAUUUUCUGCAACAAGCACAUUUCUUUCACCACUUAGCAGUCCAUACUUCAUUCGUGCUACUCAGAAUGACUCAUCUCAAGUAAAAGCCAUCAGUUCAAUUGUCAAGGCCUUUGGAUGGAGAGAAGUUGUGCCAAUCUACGUUGAUAAUCAGCUUGGAGAAGGGAUUUUACCAUUCUUGACAGAUGCCUUCGAUAAAAUUAAUACACGCAUCCCUUAUCGCAGUGUCAUUCCUUCUUUAGCCACUGAUGAGCAAAUUGUUGCAGAGCUUCACAAGCUAAUGACUAUCCAGACUAGAGUUUUCAUUGUUCAUCUACUGCCCAGUCUUGGCUCUCGGCUUUUUGCUAAAGCAAAACAACUUGGAAUGAUGGCUGCAGGGUAUGCUUGGAUAUGCACUGAUGCCAUAACAGAUGAGCUUAAUUCAAUUGAUCCUUCUAUCAUUGACACCAUGCAAGGAGUACUAGGUGUAAGGCCUCAUGUUCCUAAUACUGCAGAGCUUCAAAGCUUCAUUAAAAGAUGGAAGUUGAAGUUUCAACAAAGCAAUCCAGACAUCGUCAAUCCUCAAUUGAAUGUGUUUGGGCUAUGGGCAUAUGAUUCAACAACAGCACUCGCAAUGGCAAUAGAGGAAGCAGGAGUUUCAAACAUUGGCUUUGAUCAAAUGUCAGAUAUCUCAGGGAACACUACAGACCUUGAAAGUUUUGGUGUAUCUAGAAAUGGUCCUAAGCUUUUGCAGGCAAUGUUAGGCACAGCAUUUCAAGGCCUAAGCGGAGACUUCAUUAUAGUUGAUGGACAACUUGAAUCUCCAGUUUAUGACAUAGUAAACGUCAUUGGUAAUGGCAUAAAAGAAAUUGGCUUCUGGACUGCAGAUAAAGGAAUUGUUAGGCAGAUAAACCCUAUAACUAUAAAGAAACUGGGAACUAUACUGUGGCCAGGUGACACUGCAACGCCUCCUAAGGGCUGGGCAAUUCCAAAAAAUGGGAAGAAGUUGAGGGUUGGUGUACCAGUGAAUGCUCGAUUUAGUCAACUUGUAAAGGUUACAAGAAACUCCCAGACAAAUACAACCAUGGUCGAAGGAUAUUGCAUUGAUAUAUUUGAUGCAGUAAUGGCUUUGUUACCAUAUGCUAUCCCUUACGAGUAUGUUCCUUUUGCAACAUCAGAUGGUAUGAGUGCUGGAAAUUACGAUGACUUGGCGUACCAAGUCUAUUUAGGGAAUUUUGAUGCAGUCGCUGGAGACAUAGCAAUCACAGCAAACAGGUCGCUGUAUGUUGACUUUUCUUUGGCAUAUACUGAGUCUGGGAUAGCGAUGAUUGUUCCCACAGACAACCAAAGUAGAAAUACAUGGAUAUUUUUGAAGCCACUAACUUGGGAUCUUUGGCUGACAAGUUUUUUAGCUUUUAUCGCUAUUGGUCUUCUUAUUUGGGUUCUUGAACAUAGAAUAAAUGAUGAAUUCAAGGGACCGCCUUUGCAUCAAAUUGGCAUGAUCCUCUGGUUCUCCUUCUCUACCUUGGUUUUUGCACAUAAGGAGAAAAUAGUAAGUAAUUUGGCCAGGUUCGUGCUGGUCAUCUGGUUCCUAGUUGUGUUUGUACUUACCCAGAGCUAUACAGCCAGCCUUACAACAAGGUUAACAGUACAACAACUCCAACCAACUAUAAGAAGUGUAGAUGAGCUCAUCAAGACCAGGGCGUAUGUUGGUUACCAAAAUGUUUCGUAUCUUUCAAAAAAUCUGCUUCAAAUGUUACCAAAACAUAUGUUGGUUACCAACAUGUAUUCAUAAUGCAAGAAUUAUUCUUUGUUUACAUAUUGGUCGCAUUGUAUAAAACUUUCUUUGUUAAAGUGGUCCUUCAUA